UAGGGAAUAGGGUGUUAUGGAGCUCUGGUCUAAAGUAGUGCACUAUGUAGGGAAUAGGGUGUCAUAGAGCUCUGUUCAAAGUAGUGUACUCUAUUGGGAAUAGGGUGCCACUUUAGGACAGAAACUCUGACUUGAAUCACUGGUCCUGGAGACAGCUAGUUGUCAAUACAGUGUUGUUAUUAAUGAUUAACCUUGAAAUGCAGUGGUCUGAAUCAGGGUCACACAGUGUUUGUUGAAGUCUUAAUUAAACAAAUCUACUUUGAGACAAAGGUAUCACCACAAACACAUGGUUCUGGGCUUAAAGAAAGAAGACACCUGUACCAUGUCAGAUAUGGAGUUGAAAUGUAUUAAAUGUUGAGUUGCAUCCCAAUAUAACAAAACCAUUUGGCCGAGAAACACCGGAUUUUCGGCCUUAAAAAACAAUUAAUGUUUAUUAAUUAUAAAAAAUAUGAAUAACAUUCCAUCUUCGAGGUCACUAGGUAAUCUGACUGCAGGAAAGCAGUAGCUACACAGCGAUUGUGUAAACCCAUGGCUUGAAUACAAAGUGAAUCAGUAACUAAAAUGACACACAGGUUCUUGACAUUGGGGAGGUGAAUAAACUGUUCCCAAGGUUUCUUCCUCAGCACAACAGAAAAUAUCUCAAUGACUUGACAUGUUCUGGUUGUGAAUUCAGGCUACAAGGGGACAGUUCUCUAAAAUGAGUCUCUCUGGGGAGAGAGAGGAGGGGGGCCCUGCCUCUAAAAUGAGUCUCUCUGGGGAGAGAGAGGAGGGGGACCCUGCCUCUAAAAUGAGUCUUUCAGGGGAACAUGAUACCAAAACUAAGAGUCCAAUCAAGCAGGAGAGACCAGCCUUCCCUGUACCCAGCUGUGUGUCCAUGAAGAGUGACAAGUCUAUGGACUAUCCUAUACACUUUAGAAAGGGAGACUUUUCUACUGAACAAAGAAACCAACAGGAGAGAUCAGAGUCAGAGAUUCUCAGUGGUCAGUCUUCCCAGAGUCAUCAAACUCACCUGGCCUCCAUAUUCAGUAUGCUUGAAGAGAAUAUUAUGACAUUUGUGAAGAACGAGCUGAAGAUGUUCAAGAGGAUUCUUAGUCCAGAACUCCCAGAAGGCUUUGAGAGUCAGAAGCAGGAUAAGGAAGUGGUGGACGCUGAAGAUGAGAAGCAGGAGAGCAAUGCCAGAGAGGGGGCUCUGAAGAUCACACUGCACGUCCUGAGGAAAAUGAACCAGAAGGAGCUUGCUGACACACUGGAGAAAUAUUCAGAUGAGCUUGCUGUGAUUUGCCAACGUGAACUCAAAUCUAAUCUAAAGAAGAAGUUUCAAUGUGUAUUUGAGGGGAUCGCUAAACAAGGAAACCCAACACUUCUCAAUAAGAUCUACACAGAGCUCUACAUCACAGAGGGUGGAACAGGAGAGGUCAAUAAUGAACAUGAGCUGAGACAGAUUGAGACAACAACCAGGAAACAAGCAAGACCAGAGACUGCAAUCAAAUGUAACGACAUCUUCAAACCCUUAACUGGACAAGACAAACCUAUCAGAACUGUGCUGACAAAGGGAGUCGCUGGCAUUGGAAAAACAGUCUCUGUGCAGAAGUUCAUUCUGGACUGGGCUGAAGGAAAAGCAAAUCAGGAUGUCCAAUUUGUAUUUUCAUUCCCUUUUAGGGAGCUGAAUUUGAUGAAAGAAGACAAACACACUUUCAUUAAACUUCUCAAUCACUUCUCAAUGGAAACCAAACAAUCAGGAAUCUCCAUCUACAACAAGUACAAAGUUCUGUUCAUCUUUGAUGGUCUGGAUGAGUGCCGACUGCCCCUAGACUUCCAGAAGAACAAGAUCUGUUGGGACGUCACAGAGUCAACCUCAGUGGAUGUUCUGCUGACAAAUCUCAUCAAGGGAAAUCUGCUACCCUCUGCUCUCCUCUGGAUAACUACCCGACCAGCAGCAGCCAAUAAGAUCCCUUCAAGGUGUAUUGACCAGGUGACAGAGGUACGAGGGUUCAAUGACCCACAGAAGGAGGAGUACUUCAGGAAGAGAUUCAGUGAUGAGGACCUGGCCAGCAGAAUCAUCUCACACAUAAAGACAUCAAGGAGCCUCCACAUCAUGUGCCACAUUCCAGUCUUCUGUUGGAUUUCUGCAACAGUCCUUGAACACAUGCUGAAACAUAAGAGAGAAGAGAUGCCCAAGACUCUGACUGAGAUGUACACACACCUUGUGGUGUUUCAUACCAAACAGAAGAAUGAAAAGUAUCUUGAGAAAGAAGAGACAGGUCCACACUGGAAUAAAGAGAGCAUUCUGUCACUGGGAAAACUGGCUUUUCAACAGCUUGUGAAGGGCAAUCUGAUUUUCUAUGAAGAAGACCUGAAAGAGGCUGGCAUUGAUGUUAAUGAAGCCUCAGUGUACUCAGGAUUGUGCACACAGCUCUUUAAAGAGGAAUGUGGGCUGUACCAGGACAAGGUGUACUGCUUCGUACAUCUGAGCAUUCAGGAGUUUCUGGCUGCUGUAUAUGUGUUUCUCUCAUUCAACAACAACAAUGAGAAUCUAAUGGACAAACUGCAAACAAACGACGAGCCUGAAGUUACUUUCUACAAGAGUGCUGUGGAUAAAGCCUUACAAAGUGAGACAGGAAACCUGGACCUUUUCCUCCGCUUCCUUCUGGGCCUCUCACUGGAGUCCAAUCAGAAACACUUACGAGGUCUACUGACAAAGACAAGAAGCAGCUCACAGAGCCACGAAGAAACAGUCGAGUACAUCAAGGAGAAGAUCGGGGAGGAUCUCUCUCCAGAGAGGAGCAUCAAUCUGUUCCACUGUCUGAAUGAACUGAAUGACCAUUCUCUAGUGGAGGAGAUCCAAAGAUACCUGAGAUCAGGAAGUCUCUCAAAACCCAACCUGUCACCUGCACAGUGGUCAGCUCUGGUCUUUGUGUUGCUGACUUCAGAAAAGGAGCUGGAUGUGUUUGACCUGAAGAAAUACUCCAGAUCAGAGGAAGGUCUUCUGAGGCUGCUGCCAGUGGUCAAAGCCUCCAGAGCUGUUCUGUGAGUAAAUACAAUGACAUUCAAGUACUAAUCAGCUAGAAUAAAUAUUCAGUUUAGAGAAAAAAAGGUAUUAUAAUAUGUAUAUAAUAUUAUAUUGAUAAACAUAUUGAAUAAAUUCAUUGAUUUUCACAUUAGUAUAACAUUAUGACCAUACGAUUCUAGAAGACAGAGGAUGAAUCUAUAUGUUGUUUGAGAGAAUAAACCAAAUGCAUCUGCCAUUGUCCUUCUACACUACUGGUGUUAAAUUAACAGUGUGUUUGUGAAGUCAUGAUGAUCUCUUUGUCAGGCUGUCAGGCUGUGGAGUCACAGAUGAAGGCUGUGCUUCUCUGG